AUGAGUGUGAAUACCCAACUUCUCAGCGAUCCGUAUUCAAGUUUAAAUACUUCACAAUGCAAUAACCAGGAUGUUUACGACUUUAAUUUUGUUGAAGUUCCUCACAACUGGCUCAAUGAACUACUCAUUUGGGAAGGCGGCAUCACGUUCAACGUCGUUUACUGGUCUAUUAUUUUACUCUUUUCCUUCGCAGUUCUUUACUUCCUCCGUUGGAAAUGUCGUUGGCCAUUUCUAAUCCAACGUUUCGACGGGCAGGAUGAACCAACACGUUCCAACUGGAUCCUAUCCAUCGACGAAGAGGUGGUCGGUAAAGAUGGCGCUACAUACCUGUGGUUCCAGGUUCGGCAAAUGAUUGCAUACACGUGGAUAUUGAUCAUCAGCAUUGUUCUUAUAAUUGUCCAUCGUUAUGGCGAUAAACAAGGAGAUGUCAAAAACCUUAAUUCAACGACGCUUUAUAACAUUGGAGUUAAUGGGAUCCACUGUGUGUUUUGCUUGACGGUGCUGGUCAUUUUGGAUAGGCAAAUGUACAACCACGGACUGCAGCGUGGCAUCAGAUCAUUUGCUAGUCCCAGGAUUUCGGAUAGAGUUUGCAAUCGGCGCUGGCUCAUGAUCAGUGGACUUCCUCUUACAACCACAGUCGAUUCACUUUUUGAUGACUUAAAGAACAGGUUCGAUUUGAAGGGCAUCUGUCGUGAAAACAUUCAUUUCGUUUACGAUCUCAAUAGUCUAUGGCCAGUGAAAGAAAAUUUGAAAUUAGUAAGGGAAAUCAAGCGUACUUUGCUAAGCACAGGACCUCAACAGAUACAAACUCGCUUUUGGGAAUGCUUUUCCACCGAGGAGACACCUGGAACUAACCCAGACGAUGCAUUGACGUUCUACAGUGAAAUGGAAAAGACUCUGCUGGACAAACGAGACGAUAUUAUGAAUAACUUGCAAUUUGUUGGAAUAGCUUUUAUCGGUUUCGACAGUCCAGCUGAAGCUAAAGCAACUAAAAGUGCAGUGAAACAAGUCCAGCGAUCUACCUGGUUUGGAAAGGAUAAAGAAGACGAUCAAGAAUUCCGGCCUUCCAUAUGGACCAUCGGAUAUGCCCCACCCGGCUCUGAAAUGAACUGGCCGAAAUUGCAGCAAAGGCCUCCUUUAUGGAAGAACCUAAUCAUCUGGUUGGUAAUAAUCUUCAUUUAUUUUGGGUACAUUGCUGUCAUGGCCGCACCUGGAUACAUCGUGCAAUCAUUCCGGUUAGUAGGACGAGGAACAGACGAAAUUUCAUUAACUUGGCAAUUGCUCAUCUUACCUCAUCUUGGGUCUUUCUUCACUCGCAGGAUGACCGACUUUGUAACCAAAAUUGACGAGUACAGACAUCACACGACUGUGCCCAGCAUCGAGUUGGGUAAGUUACACACCGUUUGUCAUUUAUCCGCCGUUCUUUAUUUAAUAAGAAUGAUGGCCAUGAAACCACUUCCGUUGGUGUUUGCUGGUCAGUUUGACAUCAGGGACAUUCGGUGGGAAUGUCUCUUUUUCCCAGAGCACGGUAGUUUCUUGAGUUGUGCUAUCAUCGUCAACACGGCCAGUGGAGUGCUAAUGAAUCACACAAGACUAGAAUUUCUCAUAUCUUACCUGUUGAAGUGGUUCACCUGCCGAUCAGAAGCAGAACUAACAGUAUGGAGACAAAAUUAUCGUCUUGGCUUUGAUUUCACAAGCAAUUAUGCUGAACUUACCAGUAACUUUGGAUUAACGAUGCUCAUCUUCAUCAUCUUUCCCGUUUUGGGCGUCAUCUCGUGGAUCUGCUGCAUAGUGAGAUUCGUGAGCGACAGGGCAGCCAUGAUGGAAAUAUACGCCGUCAGCCAAACAAGUGCCGAUUUGCAUAGAGAACCGAUAAACAUGACGUUGAAUUUGGUCAUCUUCUCUCCUUUAGUUUUACUUGGCUAUCGGAUCAUUCAGUUGGGUCCAAACACCGUCCAGCAUUUGGUGGAGUCGACUUUCUUAGCACCCCUUUGCGUAGCAAUCUUGUACGCUUUGUAUUUGAUUGAUGCACACGUGCGAUUUCAUUGGCAGAAAGUCGUCUGCUUACAUCGAUUGUUUGGUUAUAUCGAUGACGAUGUCGAAGAAUCGGAUAUGAUCGAUAAUCUGAACAACAUCCUACACGAAUACGAUCCGUUGGCUAAAAUUCGUCAAGAAGAAAUGUCGUACAACAUGACUGUCUAA